AAUAUGCAAAAAUAUACGUUGUCAUAAAUAUGUCUACUGAAAACCUUCCCAUUAUGUUAUUAUAUUGAACUAUUAUGAAGUGGAACAAUCUAUUCACCUAUGUUACACCAUUAUUAAGCAAGUUAAAUAAACUUUGACUCUUUCCCUAUUCAAUUUUCAGAUAAGGAGGACUGCUCUCUCACCUUUCAUAUUGAUAGUUGACCAUUUAACCCAUAUAUCAUCAGCAUUUAGAAGAUAGUGGUUGAUAAAACGUGUAUGUACAUACAACCUGAGCUUUGUAUAACUUCUCACCAGGUCAUGAAUUGACCUUUAACAUGUUUUAUUAUGAACAUGAGUAGAAAUGAGUAGAAACAUGAGAAACAUGAGUAGAAAUAUCUUAGAAGGUAUCCAGUGUCUUCAGGAAGGUAGCAGUGCACUCAGAGAAAUUCAAGUAAACAAAAAAAACAGACAAAAGGAAAUGACAGUUUGACCUGAUUAAAGGGAUAAUUCAAGAUUUUGGCAAUUUGGCCCUUUAUCUAUUUCCCCAGAAUCAAAUGAACUCGUGUAUACCAUUGCCAAAAUACAGAAGUAUCCCUUUAAGGAUCAAGUGAGAUGUUUCUUUUCACCCGGUGAAAUAAAAUGUGUGAUUAGAGUGCUCCAUAGAUACUUAUAGACUUCCUGUCAUUGCUUUAAUGCUAGUUAGCAACUUCCUUCAAACUGCACGCAGAGAUAUAAAAAUCAUAUCCACAAGUUCAUCUGAUUAUGACAUCAUCCUUUUAGGAUGUGUGCCAAUUAACUGUCAGUAAACCAACACACAAACACAGACACACACUCACACACACCCUGGAACACGUAGGCUCAUUCACAGAGUGCACAAGUAUAUUUUCCAAGCAUGGAUGACCUGGGUGAGUAUUUUUUCCUCUGCUUCUGUUGUGAUGAUUAAAUAUAAAACAAAAUGCAAUAGAUUAAACUAUAAGGGAAUACACAUUGAUAGGUAUGAGCAUAAAUAAGUUUAAAAAAGGAAGUUGCUCAGGAGGUGUACAUGAACAUGUUUUAUGGUGUGUGGUGAAUUAAUGCUUGCCUUGCAUUACAUUGGUCACGCUGAACAUGUCAUGUGUUCUAUCAUACCUAUUUAAAUUGUGUUUUUGUUGAUAUGAUUGUCAAUGUAAAUUCACAGUGAACCACAGAAGGUUAUCUCUGUUGAGAGACAGAUGGAUUCCUGACGUUGUUGACGGAAGUCACUACCAACCAAAUUACCUUUUCCUAGAGGAGUUGGCUUUUAACUCAACUGGUCCAGAGUCGUCUCAGAAGAAAGAAAGAGAUACAGCCAACACAUAUGGACAGCCAUAUGUGUUAAGUGGCAUUUCCUGCAGGUCCCAAAGGUGUGUUCUGUUGGUCUCCAUCCAAGGAAAGGAAAGGAGCCAGAUAGCACCAAUGUAUACAGUGAGUUACCAGCUCCAAUGGAGGCUGGUCUGCUGAGCCCUCGCUCUGCUUCCAGAGAGCUGGAUUCCAUAAUGGAUGAAUUGCUGCUUGACCUGGAGAUGGGGCUGCCAGACCCUUCUCCCUCAACCCCACCACCGCUUGUCCAGAAGUCAGUCAAGAAGAAACAGAUUGGAGAAAAGAAAGAAAUGGAUGACACACAAGUGAAAGAUGAGAGCACAAACAGCCCAAAGACUUCUGAUCUGGAGCGCAAGGCCUCAACACACGGAAAAACAGACACCAUAGAUGACCUUCUGGGAGGCCUGAGCUCUGAUAUGGAGAAGAUGGGUGUACACACCACGGCCAAGGGUCACUGUGCUUCUUGUGGAAAGGUCAUUGUGGGAAAGAUGAUCACAGCCCUGGGCCAGGUGUGGCACCCAGAACACUUUGUUUGUGUGGUGUGUACGGCUGAGCUGGGCACCAUUGGCUUCUUUGAGAGGGAGGGGAAGGCCUACUGUGAGAAAGACUACCAGCAUCUCUUUUCACCCCGCUGUAGUUACUGCAAGGGCCCCAUUCUGAAGAACAUCCUGACAGCGAUGGACUGCACCUGGCACCCUGAGCACUUCUUCUGUUCCCACUGUGGGGAGUGCUUUGGGCCUGAAGGUUUUCUGGAGAAGGACGGGAAGCCGUACUGCCACAGAGACUUUUACCAUCUCUUUGCUCCAAAGUGCUCUGGCUGCGGAGAGCCUGUGAAAGAGAACUUCCUGACUGCAGCCAACGGCACCUGGCAUCCCAACUGCUUCGUCUGCUCAGACUGUCUGAAGUCCUUCCCCGAUGGUUGUUUCCUGGAGCUGGAUGGUCGUCCCCUGUGCUCUCUGCACUUCCACUCCCGCCAGGAUACACUGUGUGGGGGCUGUGGAGAGCCCAUCUCUGGGUGCUGCAUCUCGGCUAUGGAGCGCAAGUUCCACCCUGAGCACUUUGUGUGUGCUUUCUGUCUGAGGAAACUCAGUCAGGGAGAAUUCAAGGAGCAGGCAGGGAAACCCUACUGCUCAGCCUGCCACACCAAACUGUUUGUGUGAGGUAAUCAAGGUAAUCAAUUAACCUGAAAAAAGUCCUACUUACAAAGUAUGUUGAAAAUCCCACACAAAUAAUCUAGGCAAUAUCUGCAUAGAAAUCUAAAAAUAAACGAUGAAUUGAA